UGAUAGAUUUUGCUGAUAAGGACUCGAAGAGGUCGAAUUGGUCGGGUAGCUCUUGAUUCCGCAAUUGCAUCGGAGUCGUGACAAUGUGAUGUCCGUGUUUUGCAAUCAGAUCAUGAGCACCUCUCUCUAAGCUCAGGGGUGUCGAAUCCUCAGAGUGUGAAUUGAAUUGGGUGUUUUCAGUUUGAGAUGCGAUAUGAAGCUCUGAGUGGACAGUGCACCUGUAGUGUCGAUUAACUCUGUGGCCCCUUUCUGCGAGUAGUUGAUUCUAGAGUGACGGACUACAGUUAGUUGCAAGUGUAGCUAAGUCUUCAUUCAAUUGCAAGGUUCAAAAGGCUCUUUCCAUUGUUACAGAAAUUUCCAGCAGCGCUUCCUCUAUCUGGUAAUUUCUAGGAGUCGCAUGAACCGGGUCGGAUUUAUCAUGGAGCUGUAAUUGCAGUUAGCGUAUCAUGGGUCCGGAGAUGGGUGCAACAGGGUCGACCUACUCGACCAGCAUUUUCGAGGAAAGCAGAAAUCAGUUAAACAGUCGUGAAGUGGGUAAUGUGGUCCUUCAAGGCCCUCUGCUCAAGCGCUCUGAAACCGUUCGCCAAUGGGAAUGGCAGUGGAUUGACUUGCAUGUGUUGACUGGCAAGCUUGAGUACUGGACUCAUGGAAGAGAAGCCCCUUCGACAGGUGUGGUGAAGUUGGAUGCCUACAGCACAGUCAUGAUUUCUCCUGUCAAUGUGAUAAAAGAGACGCAGUAUGACGCCUGCUGUUUCUAUAUCACAACAUCUCAAAGAAGGGAGCAUUUCUUCUGUGCCCAGACCCCAAAAGCUGCAGAAGCUUGGGUGGCAACAUUGAGGGCUGCAGUAUCUGUACGGAGGGCACAUAAUGAAGCAUCAGACUUGUCGAGUAAUAAUGCACACUACAAAUUAGGAAACGUGGCCACCGUGGUUGCUGCUGCCAAUAUCAUCUCUCAGGAUGCAGCACAAGUCUUGCAAAAGUCGAUGACGAUUGCUGCUGUGUCUCCCUCGGCUUCCUGUAUAAAACCCAUUCCAGCUUCCGCAUCAACUCCUUCAGCCUGUAUCAAUAAAUGCAUUUCAUCUCCUGAUGUGGACAGCUCAUACCUGAUGCGGGAGGAGUUGAAGGUCAAAGACAAAGAGAUCCGUCAUCUUGCACGGGACUUGAAAUCACGGAAUAAAGUAAUAAAGGAGUUAGGAGAUCGUCUUAUCGAGACUGCAGAAGCUGCUGAAUCUACAGCAUCUUCAGUUCACGUAGUGCAUAAGAGAUAUCAAGAAUCUUUAUCAGAAGUUGAUCGUCUACGAAGGCAACUCGCACAAGCGGUUAAACAGAUCAGAGAUGCUGAUGCACGAAGGGCAGCUGCACUGAUAGUCGAAGAGGCCGCCUUACAAGAAGCUCACAGAUGUCGUCUAGAGCUUGGGAAAUUUCAAGAACGAGGAGUAUUGUUACAGGCAGCGAUGGUGCAUAUAGAUGAGGACAUGAGACGACUUCAAGAUGUUCAUAAAACUGAGACAGCUCAAAGGUUGGAGGUUCCAAAAUCAAGGAUUGGCCGUGCACCUCAAUUGAAGAUCCCCGUAAUAGAUGCUAUCUUGCAAGUUAAUAAUGCUUCUGAAGCUGGAGACGUUCAAUCAAGAAGUGAGGAGUUUAAUUCAGAAAAUUGUGGCGAUGACGCGACAUUACUAUACACAUCUCCUGCUUCAGUUUUAGACUUAAGAGUAGACGAGUCAAAUGCAGAAGCCCUUGUGAAGGAAGUGACGUUACAAGUCCAAUCUCAAUUUUCUGACGUUGAUUCAAAAAUCGACGAAUUGAUUUUGGAAGCCUAUGAUGUCCAAACAGAGUUUUCGGAUACAAUCCAAGCGUCAGAAUUAGAGCUGGCAGGAACUCGCGAAGGUCCAACCGCAGCGCUGAUAAUGGAUUCAUGUCCUUUACCUAUGAAUAUUUCGACAGAUUGCGAAGCUGUGCUCAGAACAUUGAUUAUAUCAACCCCGGAACUUGUAUCGUGUGCAACUCCUACUGAAGAUGGUGGUUCACCUUCAGUGAACGGAACCGACCAUCGAGAAUUCGCAGGGGACGUGUGUCCUACUCUAUCUAGACUUCCGGAAGUGUCACGAAGUAAUGGAUGUAAGGCGGUACCUUCACCACCCAGUUUCUCUGCCUCUCCUUUGCCGGACAGGGAGCUGGCUGGGUCUUGCGAAGACUUGGCUUUGGAUCCGGCGCCAAGGCUGGCAGUUCCGUCUUGCCAAUUGCCUGUAAAUUCGUUUCCUGAUGAAGUCGCUGGUGUCACGAAAUCUGCGACAUCAACCCAAGAGCUUUUCUCAGGUGCAGUCUCUUCUGCAGUUGGUGCUUCACCUUCAUCGAGUGUAGCUAACCACCAUGAGAAAGCAGCUUCUACAUACCCAACUAUACCUAAUCUUGAUGACACGGCACUGUCGUCACAAUCCAAUUCCACCACUGAUUGCGGCGGUGUCUUAACUACCUCUGUCUGCACGGAUUCGUCUUCAGAGGCAUUCCAUUUUGCAAAUGGAAGUGAAGAUCAUUGUAAUACUACGUUCGGAAAUGAUGUGGUUGAAACAACGGGGUCUGAUGAGGUAAUUCGAACCACAGCGGACGGUACUGAGGAAGUAACACGUCGUGAGGUGAUUGUGGAGAAGACCGUUGUUAAGCAACAGCAAUACCAAGGAUUCUUUUACUUCAAUUUCAUCGACUUGCUGCAGCGUUUACGAGUAAAUUGCAGGCUGUGCAUCUAGCGGGUGUUGUACUGAAGAAUCGUACCCUGUUGAAUAAUAUCGAUGUGAUAUUUUUUCUGACUGUUGUUCUACUGUAGUAUGUUGGCACAUAAUGUAAUUGUAGAUUCUAAUUAUUGUUAAAUAUCCAUCAUGGGAGUACCACAUAGAGAGAAGUAGAGAAAUGUGUAAUAGUGAAUCUUCUUCCUGCCAUACUGUCUUCACGUGGUAAAAUCCUUGCCACCAUCUUUUGUAAUAUGAGUUGAUAUGAAUUUACAUACACAUGAGUUGUCUCA